AUGGAUGCAUUGUCCAUCGAAGAGAAGUCUGGUUUAAAAGCAGCUCUACAUCCAUUUCUCGUUGAAUGCGAAGAAAAGUUUGGAAUGUCAGAAGAACAGUUUGAAGAAGAAAAGAAUAAAGGUGUUGAUGCCAACAUUGAUCCUUGUUUCAUGAGCUGUUUCCUCAAAAACGCUGAAUUUUUUGAUAGCAAAGGAAUGCUUGACGUGGAGAAGACUACUGAAUUCAUGAAAGCAAAUAUCCAAAGUGAAGAUGCUCUGCAGAUUUUUGACCAAAUUACCGAGGAAUGUUCUAAAGUGAACGAUGAAGAGGUGAGUGACGGAGACGAAGGCUGUGAUAGAGCCCAGUUACUGUUCAAGUGUAUCGUCGAAGUGAAGAAAAAGGCAAGUGUAUUCGAAACCAGACAAACUAGUUAGAACUUUAACAAAACUAUAAUAUAGUAUCUGUCACAUUGUAGGUACACUGUAUUUUAAACCUUGACAACAUAGUAAGAUUAUUACAGUUGUGAAAGAAAGGAAACGCUUCAUGUCGCUGUCUCGCCUUAACAGCUUCGAUAGUUUUGUACGAGGUGCUUUUGGUGACUUUUUUGGAAGAAACUUGUUAUUUUUUUAUUACAUAUUAUUUUAUUUCUGUUUUUGACGCAAUUUUUGUAAUUUUAUGGUGUAGUGUUUCAUAUACAAACUUAAAUCAAUAAUAGUAUCAGUAAUGAAAUAAUUCGAUACUU